CUCCGCUCCCCCUCUUCACAGCAACAUGGUACAUCCCCAGCUUAUCAUCACCCGGCAAUCAAUCAACAACACGAGAGAAACAACCACAACACAGCAGCAUCUUACCUACCAACAUGGGCUCUCUAUUGCGCCUGUUAUCCGAUGCAAGGCGCACUUUAGGAAAUUAAAUAGUUAAACUUUGUGUCAGCCCGAGGUGAUAUCGGAAGAUGAUUGAACCAGAAUGUAAUCGUCUAAACUUUUACCAAGUUGCACGGAGAGUCCUGACAAACAGUCGCACAGAGAACAGAGAUGAACCGUUCUCCAGUCAAGAGGCGGAUUUAUGAAUCGCAGGGGGGUUCGACUCUAGUUUUGGUUCUGUAUCUCGGUGUUGCUUGCAUAGUUGGCACUGUAAUCGUCUGCGACUAUGUCUGAUCCGAGUUCCUGGAGUGCGUUCCCUGGAUGCAGCAAAUCUCAUUUUGUCUCGGGCGCGAUGCUCAAGCGAUCCAAAAGCUGUCGCAGCAGUAAUAGAAAGAGCCUUGGUGUUGGAACACCGUCGCCCACCCGCCCUCUUUCACCUCUGUCCGCACACACAGCUGCCAGCAGCCCUCUGGACAGCCCACGAAAUGUGUCCACUGCUAUUUGCUCUCUCAACUUUCCUUUCGCCCGCAGCCACCUGGCUCGAGCUGACAGAGCGGAAGGGAGACGGUGGUCUCUGGCUUCACUUCCAUCCUCAGGUUAUGGGACCAACCCUCCCAGCUCAACCGUCUCUUCAUCUUCCUCAUCUCAAGAACGACUGCACCAGCUUCCAUACCAACCCACACAGGACGAGCUUCAUUUUCUGUUCAGACACUUCAGAAGUUCGGAGAGCAUGACUGAUGAAGAUGGCCGGCCCUCCCCGUUUAUACGACCCCGGUCACGUAGCCUUAGCCCUGGACGAACUGGCAGCUCCUUUGAUAAUGAAAUUAUAAUGAUGAAUCAUGUCUAUAAGGAACGCUUUCCAAAGGCCACCGCUCAGAUGGAGGAGCAUUUGCUGGAAGUCAUCAGGCAGUUUUCCCCAGACAGCACCCUUCCGCUGGGAGAUGGGGUCUUGGGAUUUAUCCAGCACCAGUUGGUGGAGUUGGCCAGGGACUGUCUGGAUAAAUCUCAGAAGGGCCUGAUCACAUCUCUGUACUUCAUAGAGCUACAGGAUAAACUGGAAAAAAUGCUGCAUGAGGCUCUGGAGCGCUCCGAGAGUGAGGAGGUUUCAGUAAUCACCCAGCUGGUGAAGAAGAUCCUCAUCAUCAUCUCACGACCCGCACGACUGCUGGAGUGUCUGGAGUUUGACCCUGAGGAGUUUUACCAUCUUCUGCAGGCCGCAGAAGGACACGCCAAAGUCGGCCAAGGCAUCAAAACCGAUAUUCCCCGCUACAUAAUCAGCCAGCUAGGACUCAACCGAGAUCCCCUUGAUGAAGUGGUUCAGCUCGAGGAGCAGUAUGACUCUGGCCCCACACUCACGGUCGAUUCGGAAGAAUCCACGGAGCAGAAUAAAUCUUUACCCACACCACUACGAAGAAAACCACAGGAGAGUGAUUUUGAGACUAUUAAACUCAUCAGCAAUGGGGCUUAUGGGGCUGUGUAUCUGGUGAGGCAUAAAGAAACUCGGCAACGGUUUGCCAUGAAAAAGAUCAACCGACAAAACCUGAUUCUGCGGAACCAGAUCCAGCAGGUGUUUGUGGAGCGAGAUAUCCUGACAUUUGCAGAGAAUCCCUUUGUGGUCAGCAUGUUCUGCUCCUUCGAGACCCGCAGACACCUGUGCAUGGUCAUGGAGUACGUGGAAGGUGGUGACUGUGCCACUCUGCUUAAGAACAUGGGGCCACUUCCUGUGGAAAUGACCAGGAUGUACUUUGCGGAGACGGUUCUAGCGCUGGAGUACCUCCACAGUUAUGGCAUUGUGCACAGAGAUCUCAAACCAGACAACCUCUUGAUCACUUCAAUGGGACAUAUUAAACUCACUGACUUCGGGCUCUCCAAAAUCGGCCUCAUGAACAUGACAACUAAUCUGUACGAGGGCCACAUUGAGAAAGACACUAGGGAGUUUAUCGAUAAGCAGGUUUGUGGCACCCCGGAGUACAUUGCUCCAGAAGUGAUCUUGCGGCAGGGCUACGGGAAGCCUGUCGAUUGGUGGGCCAUGGGCGUCAUCCUGUACGAGUUUCUGGUGGGAUGUGUGCCGUUCUUCGGAGACACACCAGAAGAGCUUUUUGGACAGGUUGUGAGUGAUGAGAUUAUCUGGCCAGAUGGAGACGAUGCCCUUCCUGUAGACGCCCAGGACUUGAUCACACGAUUACUGAACCAAAACCCACAGGAGAGGCUUGGAAGAGGUGGGGCUCCAGAAGUAAAGCAGCACAUGUUCUUCAGUGGUCUGGACUGGAACGGACUCCUGCGUCAGAAAGCCGAGUUCAUCCCUCAGCUGGAGGCCGAAGACGACACUAGUUAUUUUGACACUCGAUCUGAACGCUACCAUCAUUUGGCCUCUGAUGAAGAUGAUGAAACUAAUGAUGAAGAGUCUUCCCUAGAAAUACGAGGGUUUUCCUCUUGGUCAAAUCGUUUCAGCAAGGUGUACAGCAGCACCGAGCACCUGGCCACCCCAUCCAACCUGAGCUUCUCCUCUGACCGCAGUCACAGUGAAGAGCUGGAGGACGGCAGGGACACUCACUCACAUGGAGAGAUCCAGCGGCAGGCCUCCACUGGAGACAAGAGGCUUUCGGCUCAGAGGGCAAGUCUGCGCCCUCGCACUUCCUCCAGCUCCUCUCAGCCUGAGCGAGCGGUGAGCCCCCUAGUGGUGAGCAGCACACACAGCCUGGAGGCCAUGCCUCGAUUCGCCCUCUCCACAGACGACGAGGCUGAAGUUGUCGUAUCCAAACUGCGACGAAUCAGACUACGUAGCAACAGCACAGGAACGAAACACUCAUCGCCGAAGGAGCAAGGGAGUCCUCAGAGCUUUGGAAACCAGCUGGAGACACCUGACAGACAUCGGCUCUCACCAGGACGCAAAGUUCCCAAAUCUGCAUCAGUGUCUACACUCUCGCUCAUCAUCACUCCAGAUGAUGGCGGUGGCAGCCUGCAAGCGCACUCUAUUUCCCCUCGAUCGUUUUCCUCCAACCCAUCAUCCCGAGACUCCUCCCCCAAUCGAGACCUGUCACUCAGCAUCAGCAGGCUCCGCCCCCCCAUCAUCAUCCACAGCUCUGGGAAGAAAUACGGCUUCACCCUGCAGACCAUUCGUGUGUACAUGGGGACCAGCGACAUCUACACCAUACACCACAUGGUCUCGGGUGUGGAGGAGAGCAGCCCUGGCCACGAGGCUGGACUGCGAGCAGGUGAUCUGAUCACUCAUGUGAAUGGAGAGUCAGUGCAGGGUCUAGUGCACACAGAGAUGAUGGAGCUGCUUUUGAAGAGCGGUAACCAGGUGGCCCUGCAGACCAUCGCACUGGAGGACACGUCGAUAAAGAUUGGGCCGGCACGCAAGCGCAGCUGUAAAGGAAAGAUGGCUCGCCGCUGUAAGAGGAGCAAAUGGAAGGAAAGUCAGGACCGGAGGCGCAGUAUGCUGAAGAAGCUGUCCAAACAGAGCACCGUCAUGCACAGCAGCCGCAGUUUCUCCUCCGGCCUGCAUCACUCCGUGUCCUCCAGCGAGAGUCUGCCAGGCUCUCCCACACACAGCCUUUCCUCCGGACCCACAACACCCUGCCGGAGCCCCGUUCCCGACCACACCGCUGAUGCCAGCCUGCCCCAGAACGCCUCUCCGUGCUCCAGCUCUCCCAGUUCACCGGUGGUCCAAAUGCGGCCCAGCUCUCUGCACGGCCUCGGGUCUAAACUCAGCAACCAGCGCUACACUAAAGCGGGGAGACGCAAGUCCACCAGCAAUAUCCCACCCUCACCUCUGGCCUGCACCUCCUCACCGCAGGCCCUGUCCCCUCAGCGCUCCCCCUCUCCCUUACCCAGCAUCUCCAAAACCCUCCACUCCUUCCACGGAAAGACCCUGUCGCCCCCCACCAUCAUUCGGCAUGUGGUCCGACCCCGGAGUGCAGAACCUCCACGUUCCCCUCUGCUAAAGAGAGUCCAGUCUGCGGAGAAACUCUCGGGGGCUUUAUUUGCUGACAAAAAGCCCCACGCAGCCCGCAGACACACGCUGGAGGUCCCGCACUGCGAGGUGGACGUCCCGGGAGAAGCCGAGGCCGAGGGGGCCUGUGGAGCCACAUACAUGGCGGAUCACAGCAGGCUGGGUGGGUAUCUUUGCGCCCAGAGAUUUAGGGACUGGCCCGGCGAGCGGAUGGAGCAGAUGGUCGUAAUGCGCAAGCUGAAUCUCUGCGAACGUCGAGAUUCCUUCAAGAAACAAGAAGCUGUGCAGGAGGUGAGCUUUGACGAGCCGGAUGACCGGGCUCCUCAGAUGCCCCCUCAGACGCCCGCAUCCGCUGGCACACGGCCCAGGCACGUGAUGGGUGAGACGCAGUCGGAGGAGGAGUGCAUGGCGAGGAGGAAUCCGCUGGUUCCCCAGAUCGCCGUGCAAGGAUCAGAGAGCGAGGAAGCUGAUGACUGGAGGCUUUGCUCAGAUGAAGACGAGCAAGAGGAUGAAGAAAUUGUGAAUCGAGGCGAUCCUGCCAACAAAGACGACCCACACUCCUCAGCAGCCGCCGAGACAGCGAAGCAGGAAACGCAUCAGAGUCCAGAUAAACACAAACUGAAAGAGAGAUAAAUGACUGAAGACUGUUACAUAUCCGCAGGCUUCUCAGCUCACCCACUGAGAUGUUUGUUGCCACGCAGACCAAGUAGAGUAUUUUAUUAGUGUGCAAAUGGAAGUAAGCUAGUUUUAUGCAGGGAAUAUUUAUGCUUUUUUUAAUUUAUAAUGUACACUGGUGACAUACUGUUGGCCAAAAAGAAAACUUAACGGUUGCUUGUACGUUUUUCUCACCUUGUGUAAACUUGUUGAGGAGGGAAACUGAAUGUCUUGAUUUUUCUAUGAAAAUGUGCAAAUGCUUAAAUUAAUUUCAUCCUCCCAUGAGCUUUUCAUUUUUGCACCAACUUUGUGAUUUUAAAAGCUUUUGAAUGGAAUUGUCAUUUGACCCUCGUUAUCUAUUAUUUUAUCAUUUCAAAGCGUUUCCAGAGCAUUUGAAAUGAUACAUGUGAAGUAAAAAAGGGCUCUGUUGUGCUGAACAUUUGCACUUCGAGUAACUUGACAUUUUCGUCAAGGUGUCCAAAAAAACCAAUAGUGUAUUUGUGGAUUUCAUGCAUCAAACCAAACAGGACAUUGUAUUUGUCCUUUUUUUUAAAGGUGAAUUUAGAUUUUAAAUAUUUUAAACUACAGGGAUAGUUCACCAAAAAAUAAAAAACAUCUGUCAUUUCAAGAAUUCCAAAAGAUAUUUUGAAGAAGGUCCCCAUUGACUUGCUUAGUAUUUUAUUUUCCGUACUAUGGGAGUAAGUGGAAACCAAAAACUGGUUCCCUGCAUUCUUUAAAAUAUAAUCUGUUAUGUUCAGGUUUGGAACAUCAUGGGGUUGAGUACAUGAUGAGAGAGUUUUGGGGUGAACUAUCCCUUUAAAUUCCUUUCCUGACACUCUGUGCUUCAUAAAUUACAUUUUUAAGUUUAUAAAAUGUAUUAUUUUAUUUAACAUCCAAAUGUCAUUAAUUCAGUUUUGAAGUAUACUUUCACAGUUCUCACUAUUAUUAUAACUUUUUUUUUUUUUGCAUGCCUACAAUUUUGUUUAAAUACUCUUUCUGUAAAAAAAAAAUUCUCCCAUCUUUGCAUGUUAUUUUCAGUUCCCAUGUUUUUUUAAUGCAUGUCUUUUAUUUUGUCUUAAAUUUUCUUUCUGUACAUUUUUUUCACCCAACUUUGCACGGUAAUUUCACAGUUCCAACCUUUUUUUUUAAUACGUCUUUAAUUUUCCUUUAUUUAUGCUGUAAAUUUUUUUCACCAAACAUUGCAUGUUAUUUUCAGUUCCCACUAUUUCUUCAUGCAUGUCUUUAAUUUCUUUCUGCACAUUUUUUUUUCACACAACUUUGCAUGUUAUUUUCACAGAUCCCACAAUUUUUUUUUAUUUAAUUUUCCUUAAGUAUUCUUUCUGUAAAAUAAGAAUAUUUAUUUCACCCAGAGUUGCAUGUUUACCUGCAACCUAAAAAAAAUCUUCACAGGUGCUAAGAUGAACGGGCUCACAGACACCUUUGAAAAAAAAAAAAAAAAGGUAAAGCAUGCAGUCACACAUUUCAAACUAACUAGAACUUAACUCGCGUGUGCUCUUACAAGAAAUCAAUGCGUAACAAACUACGUUAUCCUGAGUUUUCCAUGGACCGUUGGCUGUCAGCAGUCCUCACAAGCUUUUGUACUUGGAAUAAUGUUUACAUUUUUCAUAUAUUGGAAUUUCUACUGUGUGAGGGCAGCUGUAUGGCCUGUUUUAACUUGAUUACAAAUGUGUUCAGACAGUGGGUGGAGGCUUCAGUUAGAUUAUGCUUUUAAAGUUCAGUUGAUGUCAUUGUUAAUAGGCAAAUCUCUCUAAUGUUGCACAUGUCAGACUGGAAGUUUUUGUGUUCAUAUGCAUGACUCCCCUCCAAAACACUUUUUCUAAGCUGUAUAUGUGGUUAUUUGAAUCUAAUGGACAGUAUUUUUAUUGCAUGAGAAGGUGCAACAGUCAACUGGAAGUUGUCAGUCAGUCGGGUGUUAAUAUAUGUUCACAAGUUCAACAUUUGUAACAUUUUUAAAGUUUAUUGUUAUUGCGACCUCUGUGUAAGGUUUUUUUUUUUUUUUUUUGCAUCAGGCUACUGUAAUUGUAAUACCAGUUUGUCUAAAUGAAUAGGUCGUAUUUUUCUGCCUGUCAGCCGAUCAUUUGCAUGGUGCAUGUUCAGUGAAUACACAGUGCACAUUGGCAUGGCAUCCUGAGUGCAAUAUGUGUUUAAUGGUCAAGUAUAACCAAGCUUUGGAAUUACAGUAAUUUUUCAAACAAUUUCAUGUUAUGCAGACCCUGUUGUGACCUUUUAUCCCUCUGUAAUCACAGACUUUAGUGGAUGAAGUGUUUGUCAUGUGUAAUCGUGUUCAGACGGGACGGGGUCACUAUCUGCUCUUACAUUCACACUAGAGCUUCACAGCACUGGAAAUCCAUCAUAUACAUAUCCUGGUGUGCUGCUGGUUUCUUCCAUUUUUCCAGAAUUGUCAAGACUUACUGAUUAUUGGUGUGUGUUUGUAAAAAAGAUUAAAAAAACUUUUUAUAAAUAUUUUUUAAUGUUCUGACUGUUCGUAGGAUGAUGUUUUGUAAUAAAUCAUUCACUGGUUAAGAGGGAA